CCGGCACAACUCCUCUCCACAGAUUGCUAUCGCCCAGGGGCUUGGCCCACGGGCCAAUGGAGGAGAGGUUUGCGGUUGCUACGGAAACCCGUAGCGGCAAAAUGGCGGCGGCGGGCGGCGGGAGCCCGAGCUGCAGCCCGCCGCUCCAGGACCCGCCGAGGCGGCCGCCGCGGGAUGGCCGCGGCGUCUACGUGUACCCGAACCCCUUCUUCCGCUACGACGGCGAGUGGAGCGGAGGAAGGACGCACGGGAGAGAUUACCUGCUUCUACGGAAAAUCUCAGCGUUAAAAGGAAGUCCUGAGCCUGAGCAGCCGGAGCCCCCCCAGGGGCGAGCCCCGACAUACCCGUGUGCACCCGCACACAGUGUGACGACUGUUUGGGGAUUCUGCCUGCUCACCUCCCUGCCUGGUUUUCCCCUGGAGCAUUGGUCUUUUAGCAUUUUCUCAUGCCAGGGCAAGCUGCUGUUUAAAGACGGGAGUUACUACGAAGGCGAGUUUGUGGACGGGGAGAUCACAGGGGAAGGCUGCCGGCUCUGGGCCUCAUCAGGGGACACCUACUCUGGACAGUUUGUCCUGGGAGAGCCUCAGGGAUACGGCCUCAUGAAGUACAAAGCUGGCGGCCAUUACGAAGGGGAGCUCGCCCACGGCCUGAGAGAAGGACACGGGCACCUGGUGGACCAGGACGGACAGGCCUACUGGGGGUCAUUCCAUAACAACAAGCGGCACGGCCAGGGGCACAUGGUCUUCCGGAACGGCGACAAGUACGAAGGCGACUGGGUCCGGGACCAGCGUCAGGGGCACGGGGUGCUGUUCCGUGCCGACGGCUCCACCUACAAGGGACAGUGGCACGGUGAUGUCUUCAGCGGCCUGGGCCAGCUGACCCACUGCUCCGGGGCCGUCUACCGUGGGAUGUGGAUCAACGGCCGCCCGGUGGCACAAGCCAAGAAGAUCGUGAUUUUGGGUCCGGAGGUGAUGGAGGUGGCUCAGGGCUCUUCCUUCACCGUGAGCGUUCAGCUGCAGCAGGACAGUGGGGAAGUGGCCGAGGGCGAGGACGGCCGGGUUUUGAAGAUCUCAGCCGGCGUCCGGUAUGUGCAGCUCCCCGCCUACUCGGAGGUCAGCUUCUUCAGCGCGGACAAGGACGACCGAGGGACACCCAUCCAGACCCCAUUCGGGUUUGACUGCGUGGCCUAUCCUCUGUGGAGCCCCAAGUCUGGGGGCCAAGAGCCCAGAGCUGCGCUGGAAAGUACCAGAGACCUGCGGCUCCCCACCGGAGGCCUGGAGCUGGCGCUGGCAUCAGACACGGCUCGCGGCCAGAGGGCCAUCCCUAGCGGCCUUGCCGUCGCUUAUUCUGUGACUACGUGGGGAUAGUAGCAAGUUCUCUUGGUUGUUAUCUGGAGAGACAGCAAAAUUGCGACCGUCCGCGGCAGCCCCACACGUAUGGGGAGCGUGUGUCAGGGCCUUUCCUUCGCAUGAGUGAAGGUCUGUAUUCGCCGAGGCAAGCUGUGAACCGCACCACUCCCCCUUACUCUGGCCUGGCACAGAGCUUUCUUGCGUGGCUCCUGGAUCCCGCCUCCCUUCCUUCCGCCAGACCUUGACCGAGGACCCCCGAGCCCCACUCAGGCCUGCACCAAGCAGAGGGGCUCCAGCCGAGGGUCACUGCGUCUGCCCACCUAGGUGACAGUGCGCCGGCCUCGGGCUGCGGAGCACCUGCUGGGGCCGCCGUGGGGGCUGGCCACACACAUUGGGAAGUCUCGGGGAGCAGCCACUGGCGACACCCAGCCUGCAGCCAGGACAGUGACGGGCCUCCCAAGUGCAGGGCAGAGACCACAGCCGGGAGGGUUUCAGGCAGAGACUUCCGUCGACACAAUGCCUAAAACAGGCCACGGCCAGAACAUCUCCCAGGUGACUGUCCCUCUCGAAGCUACUUUCUGUGGCCCCAGAGCAGAAACGUUCUCCCAGCACGUAGACUCCAAGGCCGGGGUUUCUCUCUCAGCCCCGGGUCACAGGCGGCAUUGGACGCCCUCCCACGACGGAACGCACGCCACCGCACAGGCAGACAUGAGCCCGGCUCUCGCUGAAGCCUCAUCCCACGGCGGCGGCCACGCUCUUGCUGGCCAGGAGCAGCCCCCCUUCCAGGUCCACACUCCGGGCUCACGUGGGCACCCGCUUCUGACAGCAGUGGGGGAUUCAAUUCCACCAGUGUCACUUCUCACAUGGAAGCUCCUUGGCGGGGCGACGGCCCCCGGGAUCACCAGGGAUCCCUGCUCCCGUUUCCUCUUCUUCUCUGUCAUCCUUCCUGCACCUCGUGGUCCCAGGGGGCUGCACAGGCACCAGCCAUCACACCCCUAUUCCAGACUCCGGGAACUAGAAGCAGAAGGAGCACAGGCCUGCCCUUCUAACAAAAGCCCCUUUGAAGACACCCACCAUCACUUACCACUCAUUGGCCAAAACUUGGUUACAUGACCACACCAGGCCACAAGGAGACCAGAUUGUCACCCGGAGUUAGGUCUGAAAGCCACAGGAGCAGACCCGCCAUUGGCUUACAUCUGAGAGCAAGGCC